GCUGUUUCUGAAUUGAUUUUUUUUUUUUUCAAUGUUUCCCAUCACUCUAUGAUCAGAAUGUUAGAGAGCUCAACAACAGCAUAAACGCCAUGCCUGAGCACUUCGAUGAUCAAAUUCAAUCGCGAAUCUAUUCGUAACCCAAUUUUAUACCUGUACAUACCACAAGCCUCCAACUUUACCAGAGCUCUAUUUUUCAAUGGGUUUCGACCGUUGUUAUUUGGGUACUUUAACAGAUUACGUUUCAGCAGCAAAUAUGGCCUCCGACAAGAAGAAGCAGAAGUAUAUUUGGACAUUUCUGAAUAUAAUCAACUCCUAAAUAAGCAUGCAAAAAUUGGAAAUUUAAGUUAUGCACGCGAACUGUUUGACAAAAUGCCUGAACGAAAUGUGAGAUCAUGGAAUGCAAUUAUUACAGGCUAUUCCCAACACAGGCAGAGUAAGGAGGUCAUGAAACUAUUGAUGCAAAUGAGGCAUGCUGGUAUGCAGCCUGACCAUGUAACCUACGUUGCUGCUCUGCGAAGUUGCUCUGGGGUAUUGGAAUGGGGUAGGCAAAUACAUGGAUAUGUAGUUGGAAGUGGUUUACAAUGGAAUGUAGUUGUUUGCAAUUCCUUGAUUAACAUGUAUGCAAAAUGUGGGAAGUUAGAGUCUGCGUGCAAAGUGUUUGAUAAAAUGCCUCAACGAGAUCUUGUGUCAUGGAAUACCAUAAUUGGAGGAUAUGCUCAGAAUGGAGAUAAUGAGGAGGCCCUGGAAGUUUUUUGUGAAAUGUAUAAGGCAGGCGAGAAACCUGACUAUGUUAGUUUUACAAGUGUGCUCAGGGUGUGUGCCAGCCUGGAGGUGUUGGAAAUUGGCAAACAGAUACAGGCAUCUAUUGUUAAAAGCGGAUUUGGAUUUGAUGUGUUUGUGGGGAAUGCUCUGAUCACCGUGUAUUCUAAGUGUUGCAGUGUGGAGGGUGCACGAGGCAUAUUUGACAAAAUGCCUCAAAGAGAUGGGGUGACAUGGAAUGCUAUGAUUGCAGGAUAUGUUCAAGAAGGCUGGGAUAGGGAAGCCCUUCAAUUAUUUGAACAAAUGCAGCAAUCAGGAUCUAAGCCAGAUUAUAUUACAUUUGCCAGCAUCCAAACUGCAUGUGCCAACCUAGAAGAACUGGAGUAUGGCAAACAGAAUCAUGCCCACAUAAUUAAGACUGGAUCUGAAAUAGAUGUUUCGGUUUGUAACACCCUUGUUUCUAUGUAUGCUAAAUGUAGGAACAUGGAAGGUGCAUGCAAAGUUUUUGACAAUAUGCCCACUAGGAAUGUAGUUUCUUGGACUUCAAUGAUUACUGUAUGUGCACAAGAUGGACAGAGUGAGCAUGUUACUCAGUUAUUUAAACAAAUGCGAAUGUCAGACAUUAUGCCAAACCAGGUCACUUAUGUUAGUUUGCUCAGUGCAUAUUCUUCCUCAGAAUUGCUGCAAAGUGGGAAGCAGGUUCAUUGUCUCGUUCUAAAAACUGGGUAUGCGCUGAAUGUAAAUGUUGCAAACAGCCUUGUUACAAUGUACAGCAAAUGUGGUAGCAUAGAAGGCGCACGGCAUAUGUUUGAAAAAAUGCCCGAGAGGGAAGUGGUUUCAUGGAAUGCAAUGAUUGCAGGAUAUGCCCAAGAUGGCAAGUGUGAGGAAGCCCUAGAAGUGUUUUGCCUAAUGCAACGGGCAGACAUGAAGCCCAAUUCUUUCACCUUUGGUAGCAUUCUUAGUGCAUGUGCAUCUCUGGUAAAUCUGGAAAAGGGUAAGUGGAUCCACACAUUCAUCCUGAAAAUUGGAUUUGAAUCAGACGUGUUUGUUGGAAGUGCACUCGUUGACAUGUAUGCAAAAUGUGGCAGCAUAGACGAUGCAUAUGAUGUAUUCAACAAAAUGUCUGAGAGAAACUUGGUAUCUUGGACUGUAAUGAUUGCUGGAUAUGCUCAGCAUGGGUAUGUGGAGGAGGUCCUCAAGCUUUUCAGCCAAAUGCAACGAGUAGGUAUGAAGCCGGAUCAUAUCAUAUUUCUUGGUGUCCUCUCUUCUUGCAGUCGAGCUGGUCUUGUGAAUGAAGGACGCCAUUAUUUCAAUUCAAUGAGUCAAGAGUAUGGUGUAACACCAAGAUUGGAACACUAUGCUUGCAUAGUUGACCUUCUAGGACGCGCAGGACUGUUGGAAGAGGCAGAGGACUUUAUCAAGAAAAUGCCCCUUGAACCAAACAUUUCAGUGUGGCAAAGUUUACUGGGUGCCUGUAGAAUCCAUGGAAAUAUGGAGCUAGGAAAAUAUGCAGCAGAAUGUCUUCUUAAGUUGGAACCAAAUGACUCUGCAACUUAUAUAUUGCUUUCAAACAUCUAUGCUGCAGCAAAUAGAUGGGAAGAUGCAGCAAGGGUUAGGAAAAUGAUGAGGGACCGUGGUGUGAAAAAGGAGGCCGGGCGAAGUUGGAUUGAUAUAAAUAACACAGUGCAUGAAUUUGUCGCAGAUGACAGUUCACAUCCUGAAGCAGAAGAAAUAUACUCAAUGUUGAAGAGAUUGUCCAGGCAGAUGAAGGAUGCAGGAUAUGUACCUAACACAGAUUUCGUGCUACAUGAUGUUGAGAAGGAACAGAAGGAAAAUUACCUGUGCUACCACAGUGAGAAGCUUGCCAUUGCUUUUGGGCUUAUCAAAACACCUCCUGGAGCGCCUAUACGAAUUAUGAAAAAUAUUCGUGUUUGUGGUGACUGCCACAUGGCCAUCAAACUAAUCUGCAAGAUUGUUGGCCGUGAAAUAAUAGUGAGGGAUGCUACUCGGUUUCAUCAUUUCAAAAAUGGGCUCUGUUCCUGUGGAGAUUAUUGGUGACGCUAGUCAAACAAAACUUAAGCCAUAUAAUGUUUAGUGAAAAUCUGGCAAUGGAGAAAUUAUAUGGGCAAUAUGUCCAUUGUAUUAAGUAUAAUAGAUGGCUGACAAUAGUUCUGUUUGGAAACCCAAGGAAUUGGGCAAGCAUUGUGGCCAUCAUGAGAUAAUGAUCAACCACAUUCACACUGAUGUAAUCUCUUAUAAAGACUGAAGUUGGACAGAAGUUUCUUUUUAUCAACUUCUGUCUUCUGCAACUCUCCUUCAGCACAUUGUUUGCACAUUUGGGCAUUGGAAUGCUUAGUGCAUUCCAACAGUAGGUUUGGACAUGAUUGUGCAUGGGAAAUUGGUUGCAUUAAUGAGUCCUGAAGCAAUGAGGGGAUCAGGUGCAUCUAUUUUGAAAAGACUUGUGUUGAUUUCACACGGUUCCUUAACAUCAAUCACCAUAUGAAAAGGGUUUGGUUUCAUUCCAUACCUCCUUGUAAGUAUCAUCAAAGAUGGUGCAGGAGCUUGAGAAAUGUCAAAUAACCCCCCAAAAAUUAACAUUACCAUUUUCAUGAAUUCAUGAUUCAAUAUGUCGUACUAGUUACAAUUCAAUUAUCUUGGAAUUGAAUGCGUGUAGAGAAUCUCCAAAAUAGUAUGGUAUUAAAGUUCACAGUUUCAUGGUCACAGAUGGUUUUUAUUGUGUGCAUUUUGCUUCAUAAUGUUUAAUGAUUCCAAUACUAGGUUUAGACAUAUGAUGUGCUUAGAAAUCUGGUUGCAGCGACGAAGUUUUAAUGCAAUGAGGUGAUCAUGUGCAUCUCUUUCUAAAAGUUUCUUAGUCCAUGUCUUGGUGUCGGUUUGUGACACAUUUAUUCGACCUCAUUCACCA